AUGAACGGCGCUCAAUUCACAGAUCGGGCAAACAAGGCCUUGCUGGAUGCCAGCGCUUUGGCCGAACAAUAUGCCCACUCGCAAAUCCUACCCCUCCACCUGGCUGUCUCUCUUCUCAACCCAGCUCCAGAUGAAUCCCAGGAUCAACAGCCCGUGGGCCACUCCUCCCACGAAUCCUCCUCUACCCCGCUAUUCCGCCAGGUCAUCGAACGCGCUCAUGGUGACCCUCAGCUGCUCGAUCGGUCACUAAUGAAGCUGUUGGUUCGUCUACCCAGCCAAGAUCCACCUCCAGAGACUGUCGCCGUCUCUCCACAGCUCGCAAAGGUUCUCCGAUCGGCCGCCGACCUGUCCAAGACCCAAAAGGACAGCUUCGUUGCGGUCGACCACUUGAUUCAAACCGUUGUGCAGGAUUCCCAGGUCGAGCGUGCCUUGCGCGACUCCAACGUCCCCAAUCUUAAAUUGAUUGACAGUGCCGUGCAGCAAAUCCGGGGAUCCCGGCGCGUCGACUCCAAGACCGCCGAUUCCGAGAGCGAAAAUGAGAACCUCAAAAAGUUCACCAUUGACAUGACUUCUCUCGCUCGCGAGGGUAAGAUCGAUCCCGUCAUUGGUCGCGAGGAGGAGAUCCGCCGUGUCAUUCGAAUCCUCAGUCGCCGAACAAAGAACAACCCUGUCCUCAUUGGUGAACCCGGUGUCGGUAAGACCACUAUUGUGGAGGGUCUGGCCCGCCGAAUCGUCAAUGCCGAUAUCCCCGCCAACCUGGCUCAAUGCAGACUCCUGUCUCUCGACGUCGGCUCCCUCGUAGCCGGCAGCAAAUACCGCGGCGAGUUCGAGGAGCGCAUGAAGGGCGUCCUCAAAGAAAUCGAAGACUCGAAGGACACCAUCGUUCUCUUUGUCGAUGAGAUCCACCUUUUGAUGGGCGCUGGAUCUAGUGGCGAGGGCGGCAUGGAUGCAGCCAAUCUCCUGAAGCCUAUGCUGGCUAGGGGCCAACUGCAUUGUAUCGGUGCGACCACUCUGAGUGAGUACCGCAAGUACAUUGAGAAAGAUCAGGCUUUCGAGCGCCGAUUUCAACAGGUUCUUGUCAAAGAGCCGUCGGUGUCCGAAACCAUCUCCAUUCUGCGUGGUCUCAAAGAGAAGUACGAAGUCCACCACGGUGUCAACAUUAUGGAUGGUGCCAUCGUUACUGCGGCUACCCUGGCUUCUCGUUACCUCACAGCCCGGCGUCUUCCCGACUCGGCAGUUGACCUCAUCGACGAGGCUGCAGCAGCGGUUCGAGUCACCCGUGAAUCCGAGCCCGAGGCCCUCGAUACCCUCGACCGAAAGCUCCGCCAACUCCAGAUUGAGAUCCAUGCCUUGGAGCGUGAGAAGGAUGACGCUUCCAAAGCUCGACUCGAAGUUGCCAAGCAGGAGGCUGCAAACGUUGCCGAGGAACUGCGACCCAUGCGCGAAAAGUACGAGAGCGAAAAGAAGCGCAGCAAGGAAGUGCAAGAUGCCAAGAUCAAGCUCGACUCCCUGAAAGUCAAGCGUGACGAGGCUGAGCGAUCUGGCGAUACUCAAACUGCUGCCGAUCUCGAAUACUAUGCCAUUCCUGAGACCAAGAACCUCAUCGAGCGUCUUGAGGCUGAUCGAGCCCGAGCUGACGCGGAGCGACAAGCUACCGCUGGUGAGGGUGGCGAGGCUCUACUCGCCGAUGCAGUUGGUCCCGACCAGAUCAACGAGAUCGUUGGUCGCUGGACUGGUAUCCCUGUCACACGACUUCGUACCACCGAGAAGGACAAAUUGCUCAACAUGGAGAAGAAGUUGGGUAAGAUUGUGAUCGGCCAGAAGGAAGCGGUUGUCUCAGUUUCGAACGCCAUCCGACUGCAACGCUCCGGCCUUAGCAAUCCGAACGCCCCUCCAAGCUUCCUCUUCUGCGGUCCUUCGGGUACCGGUAAGACUCUACUCACGAAGGCUUUGGCUGAAUUCCUCUUCGACGACCCCAAGGCCAUGAUCCGAUUCGACAUGUCCGAAUACCAGGAGCGCCAUUCACUCAGCCGAAUGAUCGGUGCUCCCCCCCGGCUACUCGAGAAGGCAGCCAAGGAAGUUCUCACCGUCCUCUUACAACUCAUGGACGACGGUCGUAUCACUGACGGCCAAGGUCGCAUCGUCGAUGCCAAGAACUGCAUCGUCGUCAUGACCUCCAACUUGGGAGCCGAAUACCUUGCCCGCCCAACAUCCAACGAUGGCCAAAUCGACUCGCAAACCCGCGAGAUGGUCAUGGGCGCACUCCGCAACUACUUCCUGCCGGAAUUUCUCAACCGUAUCUCCAGCACCGUCAUCUUCAACCGUCUCACCAGGAAGGAGAUCCGCAGGAUCGUCGACCUCCGUCUCAACGAGGUCCAGCAACGCCUAGAGCACAACGGCCGCAAUGUCGAAAUCUACUGCACCGAGGAAGUCAAGGAUUAUCUCGGUGCUGCGGGUUACUCGCCAGCUUAUGGUGCCCGUCCCUUGCAGCGUCUCAUCGAGCGCGAAGUCCUCAAUCGCCUUGCUGUUCUUAUUCUUCGUGGCAGUGUCCGGGAUGGCGAGCAGGCUCGUGUUGUUCUUCGCGAUGGUCACCUCGACGUCUUGCCUAACCACCAUAGUCCCACCGAUAGCGACGGAGAUGAAUCAAUGAGUGAUUCUGACUCUGACUCAUCUGCCGCUGAUAUGGACGGUGACACUGGUAACAUGGAUCUCUAUGAUGAGUAG